AUGAAGAAAAGCACAGCUAUUCCUCUUAUUGUUCUCUUGUCUCUUGUUUGUUUUCUCACGAUCUCAGCAGACUCCAUAGCAAAUAAGGUAAAAAACAGGUGUGAUGAAAAGAACCUUCUUACAACAAACACAGAGUGUAUGUCAUGUGCCUUAAAUGUUGCUGUAAACUGUUCUGAAGGUCACAUAAAAAUCAGCCGUGGGAGUGGAAUAAGAGACUGUCGGUAUUUCCUGGAUAUACGUGCAUAUUCUCUCUCACUUCUUGGAUGUCGACAUUUAUGUACAAAAGUAGAACGCCAGCCAGUGUGUUGCCCUGGGUACUGGGGGCCUGACUGUAUGGAGUGUCCUGGUGGAGUGUCGGCCCCUUGUAGCAGCAGAGGAACGUGCUCCGAUGGAAUGGGUGGGAAUGGGACUUGUACUUGUCCAGAAAGAUUUGGUGGAACAAGCUGUGAGAAAUGCGCAAAUGAUGACAUGUAUGGUCCUGACUGCAAAUCUGUUUGUGAUUGUGUACAUGGUGUUUGCAGCAGUGGGAUUAAUGGAGAUGGCACGUGCUUGUGUUUAUCUGGUUAUGGUGGGCCUAAGUGUGACCAGCCAUUACCAGACUGUGCUGUACUGAACUGCAGUGAAAAAAACACACGAUGUGCAAUGUCAAGCUCGGGUGCUCUGGAGUGUAAAUGCUUACCAAAUUAUGAAGAGAAAGGCUCAACAUGUGAACCUAUCAAUCCAUGUUUGAAGAAAGUAUGUGAUGCAGCAGCUUAUUGCACAUAUGUGGGACCUAAUAAACACACGUGCACAUGCAAGGAGGGCUACAGAGGUGAUGGGUUUGUGUGUUUACCGAUUGACCCCUGCCAGGAAAACUUCGGAGACUGCCCCACAGAAUCAUCAGUUUGUAAAUAUGAUGGACCUGGACAGUCUCACUGUGAAUGUAAAGAAAGCUACAGAAACUUUCAGCCUGGAACUGGAUGUCAAUUGACCGAUGUAUGUGCCACUAAGAACACAUGCAGUAAACAUGCCAACUGCACUACUGUCUCUCCUGGACAAAUUAAAUGCACAUGCAAGAAGGGUUAUGUUGGUAAUGGAUUUGUUUGCUAUGGAAACCUUUUAGAGCGAAUGAAAGAGAUUAAUAAAGAACCAGGACAAUGGCAAGGAAGGCUAGCCACUGCCAUCGGAUUGUUUGAGGCUUAUUCUUGGCAACUAUCUUCACUGGGACCGUUCACUGUCUUGGUACCCAUAAACAGAGGCAUCAAAGCAAAAGAUGUAAAAAAUCUUAUUGCAAGCAAAGAGAAUAUGCUGUACUUCAUCAAGCUGCACAUGAUUGCUGGCCAGUUGAAUGUCGAGGAUUUUAACAACACAGAUUUGAUAUAUACACUGACUGGGAAAUCAGGGGAAGUGAUUGCUGGAGAGACGGAUAAUGAGUUACAAAUAAGGAUUCGUGGAAGCAAAAAAAGAGUCAGGUUUCUAGCAAAAAAUCUAAUGGCGUCUAAUGGAAUCAUACACAUCAUUGAUAAAGCUAUGGAUUUUGUAGAGCCAACUCUGGAGAGCAACACUAAAGAGACAAUCAUGGACAUCCUCCUAGAAAAUGGUAGAUACAAUCGUUUCAGGUCUUUGUUGGAGAAAUCUAACCUGGGACCUGACUUAGAGAAGGAUGGGCCUUAUACUAUUUUUGUUCCCAACAAUGAUGCACUCUCUGGAAUGGAGAAUGGGACUCUGGAAUACAUGUUGUCCAAAGAGGGAUCUUGGAAACUUUUAGAACUUAUGAGAUACCACAUUGUCUCAUCUGCUGAACUGGAUGUUGCAAAUAUCAUAUCAUCCACUCAGAUUAUGAGUAUGGCAAACCAAAUGAUCCAGUUUAACAUAACCAGUAAUGGCCAAAUCCUAGUGAAUGGAGAAGAGGUUGAAGAAGCUGAUGUUGCUGCAAAAAAUGGCCGCAUUUACACACUGGAUGGUGUUCUUAUUCCACCCACUAUAUUACCCAUUCUCCCUCACAGAUGUGAUGAAAAUAAAUUUGAAUUAAAACUUGGAACAUGUAUCUCCUGUACUAUGGUCCUUUUCAGUAAAUGUCCAGAGGGAUCCAAACCUACAUCACUCUUUACACACAAAUGUCUCUACCGAAGUUCUGUAAUGGGUAGUGACUUUCCCAGCAGUGGCUGUUCUAGGUACUGCAAUGUCACUAUUCCAGUGCCCCAGUGUUGCAAAGGGUUCUAUGGCCCAGAAUGCAAACCCUGCCUAGGUGGUUUCACCAACCCAUGCUCUGGAAAUGGAGAGUGUAUGGAAGGCAUGACAGGGAAUGGUACAUGUGUUUGUGAUGAAGCGUUCACUGGACCUGAAUGUCGCCGUUGUAUGGACAGCAACAUGUAUGGACCUCGAUGUGAUAAAAAAUGUAACUGUCUCCAUGGAAGGUGCAAUAACUAUAUAGACAGUGAUGGUAGCUGUUUGAGAGCAUCAUGUAAGAGUGGAUAUACAGGUAGAUUCUGUGAUUUGAAAACUACUCCAUGCGGACCUCUUGUAACGUACUGCCACGCUCAUGCUGACUGUGAAUAUAGCAAAAAGACACCCAGCUGUGUUUGUAAACCAGGAUAUGAAGGAGAUGGGUUUCAUUGUAGAGAAACAAAUCCUUGCCUUGCUCCUGAUAAGAAGCUUUGUAAUGUUAAUGCUGAGUGCAUUCCACUGGGGUCAGGAGCUUACAAAUGUGUGUGCCGCCCAGGAUGGACAGGAGACGGGCUGGACUGCUCAGAGAUCAAUAACUGCCUACUUGAUAACAAAGGAGGAUGCCAUGCUAAUGCCACCUGUGUCUAUAUUGGCCCUGGUCAGAGUGAUUGUGAGUGCAAUAAUGGAUUCCGCGGUGAUGGGAUUCAAUGCGAGUCUGUGAACACUUGCCUAGAAGAGAAGGACAAGUGUCAUGCACUGGCUACAUGUGAGAAAGUAGCCUCAGGAUUCUGGGAUUGUGUGUGCAAAGAAGGAUAUCAAGGAGAUGGGAAAAUAUGUUAUGGCAAUGUUGCUGACGUGAUUGCAUUACUCCCACAAGCCUCAGAGUUUCAAAAGUGGAUUGAAGACCCAGUUAUAAAAUCCUUGAUUUCACCAUCUUCCAAUGUAACUGUGUUAGUCCCAUCACAAAAAGCAUUUGAAAGUAUGAGCGAGCAAGACAAAUCAUAUUGGAUGAAGAAGGAUAAAAUGCCAAUCUUACUAAGGUAUCAUAUAUUAUCAGGUGUCUUCAGAUCUGAUGACAUAAAGAACCUAUCUUCAUCAGACAUGUUGGCUACCUCUCUCAAAAAUAAUUUUCUCAAACUUUCUAAGGAUAAUGGGAAUGUUACAGUUGAUGGUGCUAACUUUGUUGUUGGUGAUAUAGCAGCUGUCAAUGGAAUUGUGCACCUUAUUGACAAGGUAUUGACCCCAGAGCGGCUCCUUGCUGGUGUAAUGCCUGAUCUUAUGACCAGACUUGAUCAGAUGCCGGAUUAUUCAAUCUUCCGUGGAUACAUAAUUGAAUAUAAACUAACUACAUUAAUUGAAGAAUCAGAGACUUACACAAUAUUUGCCCCACAUAAUGAUGCAAUCAACACUUACAUUCGUAGCAAAACCCCAGCCACUCUGGAUGAAGACACCAUGCGAUAUCAUAUCAUACUGGGACAGCAGCUGAUGAAGAAUGACAUGCAUGAUGGCAUGCAUCGGGAAACCUUGCUCGGUUUCUCAUUCCAUGUUGGCUUUUUUACGCGUAAUGGCGAGGUCUUUGUGAAUGAUGCACCACUGAACUACACCAAUGCAGCAACCGACAAGGGAGUCAUUCAUGGGAUAGGGAAAGUUUUGGAGAUCCAGAAGAACAGAUGCGAUAUCAAUGAUACCGUUGUUAAUAUGAGUAAAUGUGUAGACUGUUUAUCUGCAGCAUCAGCAUGUGAAGGAAAUACAAGCCCAAUGCCUGGUAUAAGAAAACAUUGUGUGUACUCAAGGUACAGCCUGAGAAAGAAAGUCUUAUUCAUUGGAUGUCAGGUCUCCUGUGUUAGAACUGUAAUUACCAAGGAGUGCUGCUCUGGAUUCUAUAGCCAACAAUGCCUGUCUUGCCCAGGCAAAUCUGGAAAACCAUGUUUUGAAAAUGGGAAAUGCCUUGAUGGUGUUAAUGGCACUGGAGUAUGUCAGUGUGAUGAGGGCUUCACUGGAACGGCUUGUGAAAGCUGUGUGACAGGGAAAUAUGGACCACGAUGUGACCAAGGAUGUGCCUGUGUCAAUGGAAAAUGCAGUGAGGGGAUAACUGGUGAUGGCAGCUGUGAGUGCAAUGUUGGCUGGAGAGGAGUUAAAUGUGACACAGCAAUCACAGACGAUAAAUGCAGUAAAACCUGUCACACCAGUGCAAACUGUCUUGAGAAAGCAGAUGGUACUCCUUACUGCCAGUGUGCCUCAGGAUUUGAAGGAAAUGGCACCACCUGUACAGCUGUUAAUGCCUGUGCAAUUAGUAAUGGUGGGUGUUCAGUAUAUGCUGAAUGCAGAAGGACAACCCCAGGAAACAGGAACUGCAUAUGUAAACAGGGCUAUGCCGGAGAUGGAAUAGUGUGCCUUGAGAUCAACCCAUGCAUGGAAAAUAAUGGUGGAUGUGAUCUUAAUGCUGAAUGUACCAAAACUGGCCCAAAUCAGUCUGCCUGUAAUUGCUUACAAGGAUAUAGUGGAGAUGGUAAACAAUGCAAGCCUAUCAAUCCAUGUUUAACUAAAAAUGGUGGUUGUAGUGAGUAUGCCACAUGUAACCAUACUGGCCCAGCAGAAAGAACUUGUGCAUGCAAGUCUGAUUAUAUCGGAGAUGGUAUAACCUGCAAGGGUAACAUCUAUGAGGAGCUGCGGAAGAACACCAACACAUCAAAUUUUUUCUCUUUACUGCGGGUAAAUUUUAUUAAUGAACUUUCAACACCUGGUCCUUUCACUGUGUUUGUUCCCACCAAUGAUGCUUUGAAGAAUGAACAACAGACAAGCGAGUGGACUAGUACUGGGGUGAUGGAGCAGGUUAUUUUUUAUCACAUUGUGGCCUGUGCUCAGCUCACUAAGGAAGAUCUCUCAACAGUGAAAUUGUUUACUUCCCUGCAGGGCGAAACCGUGACAGUGACAUCUUCCCAGAAUACUUUACUCCUAAAUGGAGAUGCCAAAUUUGCAUCAGAAGACAUGAUUGUCUUAACUAAUGGCAUAGUGCACCUAAUUGAUAAAGUUAUUGCUCCUAAGAAAAUGCAACAGAGACCUGCUACGACAUAUGAUAGCCUCAAAAAUGUUGCAGAAUCGAAUGGCUACAGUGCAAUCUUCAAAUUACUACAGGACAAUGAGCUAAUUAAACUUAUUGAUGAUCCUGUCCAUCAACCAGUAACAUUGUUCCUGCCAACAGAUGAGGCAUUAAAAAGCCUACCCCAGGAGCAAAGUGAUUUCCUUUACAAUAAUCAAAACAAAGAUAAGCUGGCACAAUAUUUGAAGUAUCACAUUGUUAGAGAUGCCAGGGUUACAACCAAUAGCCUCCUGAAUAAAGAAUCAAUAAAGACACUUCAAGGUUCUGACCUUACUGUGAAAUGUGGAGACAAGGACUCUACCACUGGGGACAUUUUCCUGGACAACAGACAGUGCAAGAUCGUCCAGCGACAGCUUUAUUUUGAUGGAGGAAUAGCUUACGGCAUAAACUGCCUCCUUACACCUCUUAGUUUGGGUGGACGGUGUGACAGCUUAGUUACUAUGCAGAUGUCCGGUGAGUGUGGUAUGUGUUUUAACGUUCCAAAGUGCCCAUCGGGAAGCAAGCCCAAGGGUGGGAAAACCAAAUGUCAGUAUGAGCUAAGCUCUAGGCACAGUAUUCAGGGCUGUCGUCAGGAAUGUUACAUGGUUCUCUCGAUGUCCAAAUGCUGCAAAGGAUACUAUGGAAGAGAUUGCCAAGCCUGUCCUGGGAGCCCUGAGACUCCAUGUAACAAACAUGGGACAUGUGAUGAAGGAUACACUGGCACCGGUGAAUGCAGAUGCAGCCCUGAAUUCAAUGGAACGGCUUGUGAGCUAUGCAUGCCAGGGAGAUUUGGACUGGACUGUAAACGCUGUGACUGCAUGGAGAAUGGGCAGUGUGACGAGGGCAUCACUGGAACUGGGGAGUGUGCCUGUAACAGGGGAUGGACUGGGAAACGCUGUGAAACGAUAUUAGAUUUGCCUCCUGUCUGCACACCUCCAUGUUCAAAGGAUGCUGUGUGUAAGAAAGAUAAAACCUGUGAAUGUAAGAACUUUUAUGAAGGUGAUGGAAGAACAUGUAAAGUGGUAAAUCUUUGUAAGACAAAUAAUGGAGGCUGUGACAAGAAUGCAAAGUGCUCACAAAGUGGUGUGAAACUGACUUGCAGCUGUCUGAAAGGAUACAGUGGAGAUGGAACUGUCUGUAUACCCAUUGACCGAUGUGCUGAUGGACUGAACGGCGGGUGCCAUGAACAUGCCAUCUGCACCAUGACUGGACCGGACAAAUGUAAAUGUGAAUGUAAGGACCAAUACAUUGGAGAUGGUGUGAACUGUGCACUGAAGCAACUGCCCAUUGACCGAUGUAUGCAGGAUAAUGGGCAAUGCAGCACGGAUGCAUUAUGUGGCGAUUUACACUUUCUAGAUACAAAAGUUGGAGUUUUUCACUUACGUUCACCCAAAGGACAAUACAAAUACAAUUACAGUGAAGCUACACAAGCUUGCAAAGAUGAAGAUGGGACUUUAGCCACAUAUAACCAACUAGCCUAUGCUCAGGAGGCUAACUACCAUAUGUGUGCUGCUGGGUGGCUGGAUGGAGCAAGAGUGGGAUAUCCUACGGCAUUCCCUAAUCCUAACUGUGGCUCUGGAUAUGUUGGCAUUGUGGACUAUGGGGUUCGUGUUAACAUGUCUGAGACAUGGGAUGUUUUCUGUUACAGAUAUAAAGAUGUGCAGUGUACCUGCAAGCCUGGCUAUGUGGGAGAUGGCUACACCUGCAACGGAAACCUGCUCCAAAUGCUCAUGUCUUUCCCCGAGUUCUCGUACUUCCUUUUGGAAAUCUUCAAAUAUUCCAAUUCAUCAGCAAAAGGCAAAGAGUUUGUAAGCUACAUUAGUGACUUGUCCAUACAAGCGACCCUUUUUGUCCCCAGCAAUGAUGGCUUCAAUGAAAAUGUGACUCUCUCUGGACGUGACAUAGAAUAUCACCUUUCAAAUGUCACUACACUAUAUUUUGGGGAACUAAGUAAUGGAACAUCACUCCAGACAAGGCUGGGUCACAAACUUCUUAUUUUGUAUGGUGACACUCCCUCGGAUUCUCAGGACCAAACAAGAUAUGUAGGUGGAAAGCGUAUAAUACAGUGGGAUUACAUUGCUUCAAAUGGAAUAAUACACAUGAUAUCGGAACCACUGAAAGCCCCUCCUCAGAAAUUAGUCCUACAUGCUGGCCACGGAGCAGGCAUAUUUUUCGGCAUCGUCGUCAUCAUUGCUUCACUGGCAUUAGCCGUAUACGCCUAUAAGAAAUACAGCAGAAAGGAUUUCCAGUUCCAACAGUUUCACGAGUAUGAAGAAGAUAAACCCUCUGUGUCAGUGUCGGAGUUUGACACAUCACCAUCAUCAAACAUUGCCAACCCCAUGUAUGAAAGUGCCGCAAAGGCCACCAUUCCAGCUGAGCCCGCAGGGGAAUUAGUUUAUCAUCCGUUUUCUGAGUCGGAUGAGCAGCAGCUAGUAACCUUUGGCGGACUAACCAAAUGAAAAAGAAACAGCUAAUGUAGCAUGACAUUAAACA